AGUCUCUGUUACAAUUUCCUGUCAGGCGAACGCUAGCGAACUGGGGUUCCCGUGGGGGAGUGGUCACAGGCGAGUCAACUUCCUAGAAUCAGGAAUCGGAAGAAAAAUAGAUUUAAAAGAGAGACAGAGACUUCAACGCCAAUCAGUGAGGAAGAAGCUUUAGUGAAACGAACAGGAUGCGCUUGUACGUGGCUGUCUUGGCUGUGGUCCUGGGGGUGGGGGUGGGGGUGGCUCUUCCUGGUCCGCUCGAGCCCACGCCGAGGUUCCACUCGAGGCGCCAGGCACAGCGAAGCCUUGGUGAUCUCAUCCAGGAGUUUGCGCUGGACAUUUCAUCGGUGUCCUGGGGUGAGCAAGGGAACAUGGUGAUCUCCCCGUUCAGCAUCACAUCCCUGCUGUCAAUGCUGCUUCUGGGAACCUCAGGCACCACCUACCAUGAGCUGCGCUCCGCCCUGCUCUACCCCGCCACGGCCGAGGACUCCGCCGUGCACACCAGCUACCAGACCCUGACGCAGAGCCUCAUCCAGGACAACCCAGGCAUGAUCGUGAGUAUCGCCAACCGGCUGUACCUCCAGACGGGCGUGAACGUGCUGGCGGCCUUCAGCCAGGACGCGCAGCGCUACUACGGCAUCAACGUACGCGAACUCAAUUUCGCCCAGAACCCGAACGCCGCCAGGGACGCCAUCAACGCCUGGGUUAGCCGGGAGACGCGAGGCAAGAUCCCAAGGUUGCUGAACUUCGUGAGCCCCCAGACGACCGCCCUGGCCGUCAACACGGUGUACUUCAAGGGGGCCUGGGAGACGCCCUUCCAGAAGAGGACGACCCACUCCGGCACCUUCAACACGGGCACCCAGAACAUCACCGUGCCCAUGAUGAGCACGAUGAUGAAGGUGCCCUACCUGGACCUGCCCGACGCCAACGCCGAGAUGAUCGCCCUACCGUACCAGGGCCGCCAGUUCGCCAUGUUCUUCAUCGUGCCCAGAGGACCCGUCAACCUGAACACGCUCCUGGAGCUCGAGUUCUACCUCGACGCCGACACGCUCAACAGCCACAUCGCCAGCAUGAGGGACGUCCAGAUGAACGUCUUCGUGCCGCGAAUGAGCAUCAACUACAAGGCUGACCUCGCAGACACCCUCAAGCGACUCGAAGUUAGCAGUCUCUUCGACUCGGUCCGCGGCGACUUCAGCAGAAUGACCACCGACAAGGUCAUGGUGGACAGGAUCAUCCACGAGACCAUCAUCGACAUCACGGAGGAGGGCACGGAGGCCGCCGCCGCCACCGCGACCGACCUGAACCGCAUCGGCACCUCGCGCUCCUUCGCCGUGGACCGGCCGGCGCUCCUGUUCAUCAGGGAGCUGCGAUCGGGCUUGCCCCUCUUCUGGGGCAGACUCGUCCAGCCGGAACCUCUGUUCGACUGAGUCCCCGUCUGGCGCCCGAAUCUUUAGCUCAUUGCGCGUUGUGUCAGCGGCUGUGGAAGCAGUUGCAUAUACUCGCACUCCGUGGCGUCGCAGUCGACAUCUAAGUGACUAUUCACGAAAAAUGUAUUCAGCAAAUAUAUGGACUGUGCUGCACCUUCAAUUACUCGACAAGAUCUUGAAGUAUAGCUGUGAUAGUAUAGUUUUACGCAAGAUGUCCUAACCCUUAAAUUAUUUCUCAUUUUCAUCAGUACCUGGAGCAAAGUACUAUUCGCAUACAUACACAAAAGCGAUGGAACUUCGAAACCUAUGUAAAUCGUAUAUCUUAUAUCUAUUAAGGAACAGUUAUAUCUACCUGCACCUAGAUCGUAAUAUGUGAAGGCUAGAACCACUCUAGAUCGAAAAAAACGCCAGACUGUGGAUGGCAGUGACUCUCACUUCCUGCCGGAACCACGCGGCAGGAACCACAAUGUCGCUUGGUUGCCGUGCUCAUGAAGGUGCUACGAUCCCCAUUGACGCACACGAGGGCGGGGGAGCCAGAGUGCAUGACGCGGGCGGUUGUGAGGGCGGAAGGCAAAAGAGACUUCCGGUUGAGAAUGCAUGAGAGGAGGCGCAGCGAAUCAUGUACAUCGCCAUGUCUGAGUUAUCAGUUUGUAUAUUCACGUUCCUUAUGAUUAUUUUCCUCUCUUUUUUCUGCUAUAUCGUGCCAGUAUUAAGGAAUAAAACUAACGAAUAAAAGGAAUCAUAUUCUUAC